AUGCUCAGCAUCGACGACCAUGGCGGCGGAGGGCCCCUCGCUGUCGACAUCAUUCCCGCCGGGAGCGGCGCGCAGAAGACAGCACCCGACGCAGCUGACCCGAGUCUCCACGGCCCCGGCCGAGCAAAUGGCGACGCCGUCAACGCCGAUGCCACCGCCGCCGAAGAAACAGGAUCCCGGGACGACGAAUCCCAGCAGCAGCAGCAGCAGCAGCAGCAGCAGCAGCAGCAGCAACAACAACAACGCAGCCUGCUCUCAGAGCGCGACCUCGACCAGCUCUGGCAGUGGAACGCAGUCGUGCCAGAAACCAUCCAGCGAUGCAUACACGACAUCAUAUCAGAACAGGCCGCCCAGAGACCGCAAGAUGUGGCUGUCCAGUCGUGGGACGGCUCCUUGACAUAUUCAGAGCUGGAGCAUCUGUCGACCCAGCUCGCUCUGCAUCUACGAUUGCUGGGCGUCGACAUUGGUGUCACGGUACCGCUCUGCUUUGAAAAGUCAAAGUGGACCGUGGUCGCGCUGCUGGCAGUCAUGAAGGCCGGCGCCGCCUUUUCCCUUACAGAUCCCAGCCAGCCUGAGGCUCGUCUCCAGACCAUUGUCGAGCAGACGGGCGCCAAGCUGCUCGUCACAUCCGCUCUGCAGAGCUCGCUGGGAGCCAAGAUUGCGCCAGGCGCGACCGUCGUCGCCGUCUCCCAGGCCACCUUUGACACGCCUCUGCAGCAAUCUUCCGAUCCCCUGCCCGAUGUACCCUCAUCCUCCCUCAUGUACGUCAUCUUCACCUCGGGCAGCACCGGCAAGCCCAAGGGCGUGUCGAUAUCACACGAAAAUUUUACCAGCGGCGCCAUUCCCCGCGCAGAGGCCGUCGGCUACAAGUCGACGUCGCGCGUCUUUGACUUUCCCUCGUACGCAUUUGACGUCAGCAUCGACUGCAUGCUCUGCACGCUGGCCUGCGGCGGCCAGGUCUGCGUCCCGUCCGAGCAGGGCCGCAUGAAUGAUUUGAGCGGCUCCAUCCGCGACAGCAAGGCCAACAUGGUGCACAUGACGCCCUCGGUGGCCAGAGUCUUGGAUUCUGAUAUUAUCCCUUCGCUCGACGUGCUCGGUCUCGGCGGCGAAGUAGUGUCGGGAAGCGACGCGGCAACUUGGAGGCAGUUUACACAUUUAAUUAUUGGCUACGGUCCUUCAGAGUGCACAGUCGGCUGCACAGUAAACAACAAUACGAGUUUAUCUACAGGAAUCGGCAAGGGUGUUGGCUGCGUAAUGUGGUUGGUCGAUCCGGAAGACCACAACGUCCUUGUCCCGGUUGGCGAAGUCGGUGAGCUACUAAUUGAAGGCCCUGUUGUCGGCAUCGGCUACCUCGGAGAGCCGGCCAAGACGGCCGAGGUCUUCAUCGAGGAUCCUACGUGGCUCACGGCAGGCCAUGGUUGUUAUGCCGGCCGACACGGCAGACUGUACAAGACGGGCGAUCUUGUCAGGUACGAGGACAACCUUUCCGGAUCCAUUGAAUUCGUAGGCAGAAAGGAUCAACAGGUCAAGAUCCGCGGACAGCGCGUCGAGCUGACCGAGGUGGAGCAUCACAUUCAGACCUGUCUGCCCACGGGCGUCAAGGUCGUCGCCGAGGUCAUCAAGCCAGAGAAUGCAUCUCCUACCCUGGUGGCUUUCCUCGCCGAAAAGUCUUCUGUCGGCUCCCAAGACGGCAGCCUCUUUGUUGAUCCCUCGCCCGAGCUGUCGGCGGCGCUCGACAAGAUCGAUACUACGCUCGGUGCCAAGGUACCAAAAUACAUGAUCCCCGCUGCCUUCAUCACCCUCGCGUCGAUGCCCACCAUGGUCUCCAUGAAGACGGACCGGAAGAAGCUUCGCGAGAUUGGCAUCUCGAUUCCACGAUCCAAGCUGGGCGCGACGCACGCCGACGAGGGCCCGCAGGAGGAGCCCGAGACAGACGCGGAAAAGAAGCUGGCUCACGCCUGGCAACUUGUCCUGGCAUCGUCGAGCCCCGUCUACAAGGCCAGCAGCUUCUUCGGCCUCGGCGGCGACUCGCUCCGAGCCAUGAAACUCGUGUCCGCCGCCCGCGAACAGGGCCUGGGACUGACAGUCGCCGACAUCUUCAACAACCCUACCCUCUCCGCCAUGGCGAACAAGUCUACGAGCAUUUCAUCAGCAACACAGGAACAAGUCAAGCCAUUCUCGCUCUUGCAAGAAGGCUGGGACGAGCAGACCGCACGAAAGGAUGUCGCAGAGCUGUGCGGCAUCGAGCCGGAGCAGGUCGAGGACGUGUACCCUUGCACGCCGCUCCAGGAGGGUCUCAUGGCGCUGUCCAGCAAGGUCAAGGAGGCGUACAUUGCGCAGCGAGUCGUGGUACUCAAAGAUCUCGAGACGGCCAAGAGGCUCAUGGCUGCGUACGACGAAGCGUCGCGUGGCAGCCCCAUUCUGCGUACGCGAAUCGUGCAGGUGCCCAGACGCGGGCUCAUGCAGGUCGUCGUCAACCGCAAGCUGGAAUACACCACGGGCAACAACGUGGCCGCGUACCUGGCCUCGGACCGCGAGACGCCCAUGGAUCUCGGCACCGCUCUCUGGCGCUACGCCAUCAUCACCGACGAGGCCGCCGGCACCGUCUCCUUUGUGCUGACCAUGCACCACGCUCUCUACGAUGGCUGGUCCAUGCCCCUGGUCGUCGAGCGCAUCAACCAGGCCUACCAGCACCCCGGCAAGCCGCUGUCGCGGCCGUCCGAGUUUAAGGACUUUAUCAAAUACCUCCUGUCCCAGGACGCCGCCGAGUCGGAGAAGUACUGGCGCGCUCAGCUGGAAGGCGCCCACCGCCUGCAGUUCCCGCUGCUCCCGCACCAGGGGUACCAGACCGCGGCGGACGAGCUGCUCGAGGAAUACGUCCCGCUGGAGCAGCUGCCCAAGAACGCUACCGUUGCCACGCUGAUCCGCGCCGCCUGGGCCAUUGUCGCCUCGCAGUACAUCAACAGCACCGAUGUCGUGUUUGGCGAGACGCUCACGGGCCGUAACGCGCCCGUCGUGGGCGUCGACGAGAUUGAGGGACCCAUGAUCACGACGGUGCCGCUUCGCGUACCCGUUGACGCCGAGGCGCAGGUUGGCGAGUUCCUGCAGGCCAUCCAGGAGCAGACCGUCGGCCAGAUCCCGCACGAGCACUUUGGCCUGCAGCACAUCCGGCGACUGAGCCCCGACGCGCGCGAGGCGUGCGAGCUGCGCGCGGGUCUGGUGCUGCACCCCAGCGCCGACACCGCCGCACCCGAGGUCGAUGCCACGCUGCCGGCCAACAACCUCAUCCCGCAUCUAGCGGCCCGCGAGGCCCUCAAGUUUAAUACGUUUGCGCUGAUGCUCGUGUGCUCGAUGGAUCCCAAGGGCUUCCAGGUCAUGGCGAGCUUCGACUCGAAAAUGGUCGACAAGAGCACCAUGCGGCGCGCGCUGGCGCAGUUUAAAAGCGUCGCGCAGCAGCUCGCCCAGAGCACAACCACCCUACUCGGCAACGUGCGUGCGCUGUCCGAUGAUGACGCCGCGGCGCUCCGCGACGUUGUGGCUACAGCACAGGAGGAUCCGGUGGUCAAGACGUAUGACGGUGCCUCGGCUGCCUACAUUGUGCGAUCUGACGACGCCAGCAAGAUGGUUCCCGUCGGCGCCAUCGGCGAGCUCGCUAUACAAACCUCCCAGCCCAAGGACCUCUCCACGCUGCCCGUUCCCUCAUGGCUCGCGGCUCUUCUUCCCCCGUCCGCGCCCACCGAUGCGCUGUACCUGACUGGCAAGCUGGCCAGGUACGACGCCGCGGGCAAGAUCCAAGUUCUUGGCGACAAGGCCUCCCUGACGGCCUCGACCGAUGCCUCCGCGGCGGCGCGCAAGCCCCGCGUGUCGGCCACGUCGCAGCGCCAGCGCCGCCUCCGCGCUCUUUGGAGCCACGUCCUGCGCACUCCGGAGACGGAGAUUGGUCUCGAUGACAGCUUCUUCCUGCUCGGGGGUGACUCCAUCUCGGCCAUGAAGCUCGCGUCCGAGGCACGCCCCGAGGGCAUCCGCCUGACUGUCGCGCAAAUGUUUAGCCACAAGACGCUCGCCGAGAUGGCCGCCGUCAUGGAGUGCACUGAUGAGUCGUCGGACUCGACCGCCGCCGCCGCCGCUGAGGCGCCCAUUGCCCCCAUCGCCGAGCCCUUUGAGCUGCUCGACGGCCUCGUCGACGAUAAGAGCGCGUUCCUCGCCAACGUCGUCAAGCCACAGCUACAAGACGCAUCCUGGACUGUGUCCAACGUUCUGCCCACGCGAUUCCUGCAGGAGCUCACCGUGCGAGCCACCAUCUCUAAGCCGCGCUUCGCCGUGCGCUACGAGCUCAUCUUCUUUGACGGUCCCGUCGACCUACGUCGUCUGCGGCAGAGCUGUCAGCGGCUCGUCGCGCAUAAUGAGAUCCUGCGCACCGUGUACGUCGAGAGUGCGGACCGCAUCUACGCCGCCGUGCUCGACGCACUCGAGACACCGUUUGAGGAAUUCGCCUACACCAACCCCGCCGUCGACCUGUCCACGUUUACCAAGGACAUUUGCCGCGCCGACGUCGACAAGCCGCAGCCGCUGGGCUCCAGCUUCGUCAAGUGGCUGUACGUCGCCGACCCGCAGCGCCCCGCGGCUCGCAGCUGCCUCGUCUUCCGCAUGUCGCACGCGCAGUACGACGAAAUGUGCCUGCCCAUCAUGCUGCGGCAGCUGUCGGCGCUCUACGCCCACGACAAGACGCCCGAGCCGUCGGUGCCCUUCUCGGCCUACGUCUCGCACGUCAUGCGCACUGCCGUCCCCGCCAGCCUGCCGUACUGGCGGGAGUUGCUCGCCGGGUCCACCAUCACCUCGUUCCGGCCCGACAUCCCCAUCACGGACCGUCGCCACGCCGCCAUUGCGCAAACGGUGGACAUUUCCGCGCGUACGCGCGACGUGACCCUGGCGUCGCUGCCGACGGCCACCUGGGCGCUUUGCCUCGCGCGCCGGCGCGCCCUGCGAGACGUUGUCUUUGGCGAGGUUGUCAGCGGCCGCAACGUCGGUCUCCCGGGCGCCGAGUCCAUCGCGGGGCCUUGCUGGCAGUACGUGCCUCUCCGAGUCCGCUUCGAUCCGUCGUGGACCGGCAACGACCUGCUCGCGUUUGUGCAGCAGCAGCACGUCGAGAGCGCGGGCCACGAGGCCGUUAGCUUGCGUGAAAUUGCAGAGAAUUGCGGCCUCGGGUGGGAGAAGCAGGCGAGCAUGCCGGGCGACGAUCGUCCCGCGCAGUGGUGGUUCGACACGGUGUGCCAUCAGGACGUGUCGCACGUCAAGGAGCGCGAGAACACGGACGAGGAGGCGCAGACAAAGUACGAGACGCUGUACACGGACGAGGAGCCGCUGCGGGAGUGGAAGGUCCAAACGUACGUGAGGGACGGCGGCAACAGCGUGGUGCUCGAGGUGGUGACAUUCAAGAGCUGGGAGGAGCAUGGCAAGGGGCUGCUGGCGGAUCUUGUCAAGGCCAUGGAGCAGCUCGUGCAUAGACCGGGUGAAAAGUUGUUUUCAGAUUAG